AUGCCAGAAGGCCUGCCGAUCGAUCAUGAACAAGCAUUGAAUGGGACAAUGGCUGCAUAUGCGCAGCAGCUUGUAGUCUGCACUGGACAACGAGACUGGACGAGCCGCAUUGAGAAUGACGGAGAGAACCAGGGCUGGGGCAACCUUGUUCGAGGUCUCAAGAGUCUGCUUGGUCGCGGUGGCCCAUACCUGGAUCCCUUCAAUAACAUUCUUGUUACAGCUUCAUCUCUUGAUCCCACCUCAAAAGACUCCCAAGCAGCCUCCGGUUUCUUGUUUCCAAGCUUCAAGUACAUCCCGACCAUCCCAAUUCAAGCUCUCUCAUCACCGGAGCCGACAAACUUGACCACCUUUGUUCGCGCUUUCCUCCUACCCGAAAAACUCCACGACAUGCACUCCUCUCUGCCGGAGUCCAAACAAACAGAAAUGACCCAACUUCCAAGUCUCGCGUCACAUUUCCCCGACACCAUCGACAUCAAACAUUCACCCAUCAUCCUGAUCUGUGGACAUGGUGGUCGUGACAUGCGCUGUGGAGUAAUGGCGCCGGCACUUGAAACAAAAUUUCAAAGUGUUCUAGAAGCGCAUGGAUUCUCAUUAACAGGCACCGAUUGUACAACAAUUGACGACCCCAAGCAUGCCCAUAUUGGGCUGAUCAGUCAUGUUGGUGGUCACAAGUACGCAGGGAACAUUAUUGUGUACAUCCCACCAGAGAUGAAGAUGGGUUCCGAGGAGCAUCCCCUGGCCGGUAAGGGAAUAUGGUAUGGCCGCGUUGAGCCAAUGCAUGUGCAGGGCAUUGUGGAGGAGACCAUCCUUGGGGGCAAUGUAGUCACGGAUCAUUUCCGGGGUGGAAUUGAUCGCAAUGGGGAUAUCUUGCGCAUGUAG